UGGAAUAGUAAAAUUCCCUUUUGCCUUUUCGGUGUUAGAACUUAAAACCCGAGAAGUUUGUAGAUAAAACGACCUCUACGCCGCUUCGACAAACACACAAUAGUAAAACCUUGGAUAAAAAAUGGCAUCGCCGGCGCGUGGGGAAGUGCUUACUCUAUUCCGGUCAUUCCUACGAACGGCGCGUCAGUUCCCCGAUUACAACAUAAGGGAAUACACUAAGCGCAGAACAAUCGAUGGGUUUCGCCACAACAAAGACCUAACGGAUCCUUCUAAGGUUACUGCUGCUUUUUCCGAUGGUAGGACACAGCUCGAGAUUGCAAAGAGACAGGCUGUAGUUUACUCUCUCUACGCGCCUAAAGUGAAGAGCGUUAUGGAAUUGAAGCAGUAAUAUGUACUGGAAUUUUUUGUCAUUUUUAAUCCCCCUUUUUUUGAUUGUUAAAACAAUACAAUAAUUCUGUGAGCUAUUGGAUUAUGAAUGGUGUUUUGUAGAAAGCCCCAGGGUUUUGGUUUCUUUUGUAUCAUCAGAUAUCAAUGUUACUGCCGUGUAUUAUUGAUGUCAUAGUCCUCUUCGG